AUGUCGGGGCGUGAUGCGGCGAGCGCCGCGGCCGGAUACCACCAGAUCGUCAUCAUCGGCGCGGGGGUGUCCGGCCUGUACGCCGCGCGGCGCCUGAAGCAGCUCGGCAUCCACGACGUCCUGAUCGUCGAGGCGCACGGCCGCGCGGGCGGCCGCGUCCACGAGGAGCGCCACCUGGUGCCGUGGGCGCUGCCGAUCGGCGCGGAGUUCGUGCACGGCUCGGAGCACAACAUCGUCGUGGAGGACAUGCUGAAGAUGGGCGUCACGUUCGAGGAGCGCCAGUGGCCGGACUGGUUCUACGACCGCCGGGAACGCCGCCUGAUGCCGCCAGCGGAGGUGGCCGAGGACGACGAGCUGCAGGAGGUGAUGGAAAUGUUCGACUCGAUCGCCGAGGAGGAAGAGGACCCGCUGCCGGACAUCACGGCGGAGGAGUGGCUGCGGAAGCGGGGCGCGUCCGCGAAGCAGAUCGAGGCCGCGGACGCGAUCUUCGCCAACGACUUUGGCACCGGUCUCGCGGGGUUGGGCGUGGCCGAGAUGCUGAUCGAGAACCGGCUCUGGCGGCACGGCCCGGCGUACCUCACGGUCAAGGGCUCCUUCUCGAGCGUCGUCCAGAACCUCGCGAAGGGCGCGCGCAUCCGCCACAACUGGCCCGUCCAGCGCGUCUCCGUCGCCCCGGAGGGCGGCAGGGCCGCCGUGACGCUCUUCGGGCCCAACUCCGAGCGCCUGCGGUGCGACCGCGCCAUCGUGACGGUCUCCGUCGCGGUCCUCGCGUCCGGCGCGAUCCAGUUCGACCCCGCGCUGCCGGACACCAAGGUCGGCGCGGCGCGGCGGAUCCGCCUGGGCAACGCCAUCAAGCUCAUACUUGCGUUCAAAGACAAGUUCUGGCCCGAGGAGAUGUACGACGUGGUCUGCCCGGGGUGUUUCGUGCCGGAGAUCUGGAUGCUGGAGUACCCGCCGGAGCGGGACGCGGACGGGCGGCCCGUGCGGCCUGCGGCGGGGGGCACGUGCUGCGUCGUGUGCUUCAUUGCGGGGGAGCGCGCGGACCAGGUGACGCAGAUGCCGCCGGAGCUGGCCGCGAAGAAGUGCCUCGACCAGCUCGACGAGAUGUUCCGCACCAAGGAGGGCCACACGCCCGCGUCGGACGCGUGCGUCGACUGGCGGCUGUACGACUGGGCAAAAGACCCCUACGCGCUCGGGGCGUACACGUACCCGUGCUACGGCGCGCAGCCGGGCGACCGCGCCGCGCUGGCGGCCCCUGCGUGCGGCGGCCGCGUGCACUUCGCCGGGGAGGCCUCGCACCACGCCGUGAACCCGUGCAUCCAGGCGGCGGCGGAGACGGGCGUGCGGGCCGCGGAGGAGGCGGCGAAGGCGGUGAGCGGGGAGGCGGUGGCGGGGCGGCCGGUGUCGCGGCUGUGA